AUGGCGGGAACACCCACAACCCCCGAACUCGCGACCAUGCCAACCGAGAUUCUGUGCAUGAUCGGGGACAACCUGUCUGUUCAUGAGAUCAAGGAAUUGACGCUUACAUCAAAGCAAUUUCGCGAAAUCUUUCUCCCGAAACUCUGCAAGCAUCUCAAGUUUUCUGUUAACAUGAAGGAACUGACGGACAGCCUCCACGCCUACUAUACCCGCAAGACAGCUUCAUUCCGUCAUCUGGUCCAUCAUCACACGAGGUUUGUGGCCUUUGAAGUUACAAAUUUUGACGACAUCUUCAAAAUGAAUGCUUGGCUUCUGGGCUAUGGAGUUAAGACCAUACCCAUCGGGCGGUUUUUGGCGGAUACACCUAGUCUCCACGGCGUUGUUUUCGAUAUCUGGCUCCAAAAUCGCAAAGAAGCACACAUAUUCCUCAGCUUCAUUCGCAAGGGCCCAGACUGGGCUGGUCCUAAGCAUCUCUAUUUCAAAAAAAUACGUGCCCUAAAGGGAAUCGCUGCACCUCAUGCAUCUCUCGCAGGCCGCCACUAUGACGAACUCGCACGUAGCGGCACCCACCUCACUUCACUGCGUCUUAACAAAUAUUCUUUCCUUGGACCGGAUAGUUCAGCUCUUACAAGCUUGAGCGAUGUGCUUAUCCACAGGAUCAGCAAAGACUUUCCUCAGCUGGAGUCAUUGAAUAUUUAUGAUAAGACUCGUUCCGGUCGUUACAUGCAUCACAUGAACGACAGAGAUAGGUAUCGAUGGUGCCGAAAGAUCGAUAAAGUCGCUUCAUCCCUCCGUAAGAUGCGGCGGCUACGUCGGUUUGCAUUCACUCUCAGUGAAUCCCAAUUCAGUGAAAGUUUUUUCGAUUCCCUCAGGACGAAGCUACUGGCCAUUGUUUUGAAGAAAGGUCUGCUGCCCGUCGAAGCUCGCGGGCUUGAAGGCGUAUACAUAUUGUUGAUUACCUAUUUUGCCGCCCAUGCAAAAAGUCUUGAGGAGGUUUGCAUUACAACUUGGUGUCCCAUGUUCUAUCGAGCAACUCUCACGAACGGCGCAUGGAAUAUGUCUGAAGAGUCUUCCGAGGAUCUCUCUCAGAAGGACGUGAAGGUGGAGCUUACGAGAGGAACUUCUGCGCCAUCAGACCAAAGCUUUACGUUGUUCCUACACAGCCUUAUCACGCCCACGUCCUUGAGCGCCUUGGAAAAGAUGCCGACCGAAGUCCUUCUCAUGGUUGGAUCACAUGUUGGCUCGGUCGCCUUCAGGGUUGCUACAUUUGUUUCCAAGCGUCUUCGAUCUGUCCUCCUCCUUCGGCUUUUCAAAAGCAUCACAUUCUCUGGCACCCUGAGAAAGCUCGCUCACGAUAUGAGGUCUUUCCUCUCCGGCGAAUUUAAGCCCUUGAUGAUGACUAUUCUUCCUGCUCUCAAGUCUGUUACUAUUCGCUUCGAGCCCCACAGUCUCGCCGAGGAAUCUACAGAUUCGCACAUUUCGACAAACAGAAUCGCAGUCAUCAGUGAAUUCAUUUCCAAGCUGUCUUCAAUCGAUUUGAUCUCGUUUGAUAAUCAAGUGAGGAGCAACCACUCCCGGGAGAUUGCCUUUACUGAGGCAUUGGGCAACAUGACACAGUGGAAUGGUCCCAAGACCGUCAUUUUUUGUGGUCGCAGGAACUUGCGGCUCUUCAGUGCCAUCAUAAACCAAUUUGCACCCAACACUGUCAAGGCAGCUCAACUUCCGCGAUACACUGCAAAGAGACAUCCUUUGGCCUUGAAAUCAGCAUGUCCCUUACUCAAGGGUUUGAGGGCUGAUGUAUCUGCGAUCACGAGUCGUUGGCGAACCCUUGCCUGCAUGAGCAGCAACACCCUUCGGGCAAUGAAUCGUGACUUUCCGCAUCUGGAAGCCAUUGUUCUUGAUCAGGUGGAUGCUCAUAUGAUUAUGUCGGGUGGUGGACGUAUCUACAAGAAACCAUAUCGGCCGAACCUUAACGAGUGCGUCGAGAAGCUGGUUACACAGCUGAAAGUGAUGCCACGAUUGCGACGUUUCGCUUUUACGCUCCAGCAAUAUUGGCUCUGUAAGGAAUACGAUUGUGAAUUGUUUAACAAUGGCGUCCGAAGUUUGAGCGGAGACGAAUCAGACGAUCCGCUGCAGGCCACUUCUGAGCCGAAUGAGUGGCCCUACUGGCUGCCCACUGCUGCCCAACAGGAAGAGUGGCAUUCGGAACUCAUUACUCGCAUUCUCGAGGCCGUUCCACAACUCAAAGAGCUCUGUAUCGUGCUCGAUCCCUUGGAAUAUCAUCGAGGGACCAAGACCGUAAACAUUGUAACGGUUCGCCGAGUGCAACUUGGUUAUCUAGAGAAGCCUUCUCAAUUCCCGUAUGUUUUGGCGGAUAUUGAUUGA